AAAACUGCCCUACUGGUUUUUUGCUUCUGUGAAAAUUGUUAGAAUGAAGUUUGGAUCUCGAUUUCAACCUAAAGCAUGCAAUUUUAAGUAUAAAUCGCUUUGCCAUUCUUCUUUUAAAAACUUUGCCGUUUCGGCAUUGUAUUUUUUUUUUUUACUUGUUUCGAUAUUUUCAAUAAUAAUGAGCACAUUAUUAUGGGAUUUCUGGUAAGGUUGUGCAGAGAAGUGUUUUUUCUUUUCUUCUUUAUACCCAUGCGUCUGUUGCAAGAGAUACAGAAUUGAAGACCCCUCAAUUUCAAUGGAGGAUUCUCCUGUCUUCAAUUAUAUCAGUAGCCUUUCUCCUAUCAAGCCAGUGAAGUCUCUUCACAUUACUCAGACCUUUAGCUCUCUUAGUUUUGGAUCUCCUCCAUCAGUUUUCACUUCACCCCAUGUCAGUUCUAACAAGGAGUCAAGAUUUCUCAGGAGGUACAAUACUUAUGAUCAAGCAAAGCCUGAGGUUUCUUCAGAAAAUGGAGUUGAUGUUCCUGCAAGUGAUGAUGCUGUCAUUGAAACGGUCCAAGUAUACAACAACUCGGUUGAGCUUCGUGAAAAUCGUAAAUCAGAUGUUAAUGUUGAAGAAGCUUCUGCUGGGCCACAAAAUGAAGGUUCAGCUUUUGUGAUUGAGCUACCACGUGUUUUGAAGUAUGAUUGUGGUAGCCCUGAUUGUGUCUCAACGCCUCAUGAUGUUGUGGCGGAUUUUGAAUCCAAUUCGAGUGAUCCAUCGGCUAAUCUUGUUCCUCAUGUGCAAGUGGCACCUGAAAUUGGUCCAUCUGAUAAUGAAGCCCAAAUCCAAGAAGUGUGUCUGAGUGAGUCGAAAAAACAAGGGGCCAUAGGUGACUGGGAAUGUCUAAUGUCUGAUGCUAUCUUGAUUUUUGAUUCACCCAACACUUCAGAGACUUUUAAGGGGCUGAUUCAUGAUUCACUGGAGCCUGUUGGCAGGUGUAGUAAUUUUCUUGGGACAGAAUUCCAACAAAAUGAGAUUAAUAAUGAGCAUGAAAUGCAAAUUGUAGAUCCAGGUUGUUCUGAACAACAUAAUGGAGAAGAACCCCUUUCUCAAACUGGAGAUGUCAGUCAUUUGGAGGAUAUGGAACAAACACAUGAUAGGUUUAAUUCAAAUAGUGGCAUGGCUACCAAUCCAAGUAAGCGAAAGGAUAAGGAAGCUAAAACCCGCAUGGCAUUUACUUGCAAGGUAAAAGCAACAGAUUUCCAUUCCCUUUGCUGCAUCUUUUCUACUAUUGUAGAGGAACGGUCGUAGGUUGUUGGGGACACUUUAUUCUCAUCUUUGUGAUUACUUGGUGUCAAUCUUCUGCAUACAAUUUAUAUGUCAUGAUCUCCAAAUGGUACAACUGUAAAAUUAAAUAUGGUUUAAGCAACUGCUUCUUUUUGUAAUUCUAAAAUGAUAUACUUGUUCACUUGUUAACAUCAGCCACUUUCUCUUAAAAAAACAAAAUGAAAAAAAAUCAUGUUCAAUUUUUUUAUGCUGAA